AUGGCUGGAGAUCCAAACAAACCAGCUGAAGUGGAAUUAAAAAAGAACAAUUCAUCAUCAUGGACAGAAUUUAUUCUCUUGGGAUUUUUGAGCCAGACAAAAUAUCCCACUGUUAUUGUGACCCUGCUGGUCUUUGUCUUCCUAAUGGUGCUCUCUGAAAACAGCCUUCUUCUUUAUCUGAUCCAAAUGGACUCUGGCCUUCAAUCUCCAAUGUAUUUUUUUCUUAGUCAGUUGUCUUUCAUGGAUAUCUGCCAAACCCUCUCCAUUGGUCCCAAAAUGACUAUAGAUUUUUUAAUGAAGAAGAGCGUUGUUUCUUUGAAUGGAUGUUCAGCCCAGAUAUUCUUCACGCUGGUGAUGGGUGAGGCAGAAUGCCUCCUCCUUGCUGCAAUGUCGUAUGAUAGGUAUGUGGCAAUAUGCAAGCCUUUGCAAUACCCACUUCUCAUGAGGAGGAAUAUUUGUAUCAUUCUGACUGUGGUUGUUUGGUUUGGUGCAUUUCUGCAUGCUUUAGUCCCCAGCGUUUAUGUGCUGCCAUUAUACUACUGUAAGUCAAAUGUGAUUCACCAUAUCUACUGUGACCUCCCUUCAAUGCUGAAGCUGUCUUGUUCUGAUACGUCUCACUUUGAAAGGACUCUGAUCUUUAGUGGCAUUACCUUGCUUAUCAUCCCUUCCUCUUUCAUCUUGUUCUCCUACAUGUGCAUUCUUGCAACAGUCCUGAGGGUACGUUCAGCGGAAAGGACUCACAAAGCACUUGGCACUUGCCUGUCUCACUUGAGUGUGGUGGGACUCUUCUAUGGGGCAGCCAUGUUCAAGUAUUUGAGGCCCAGAUCCUACCAAACUCCAUACCAAGAUGAUAUGGUUUCAGUGUUUUGUGCUAUUAUUACUCCCACACUGAACCCCCUUCUCUAUAGUUUGAGGAAUCGGGAUGUGUUAACAGCACUGAAUAAACUAUUCAGAAAAAACACCUCAUAA